UCCAAUAUGAAUAAGCUAGUACUCGUCUGUUUCGUGGUCGUCGCCGUAGCAGCUAUGCUGCAGGAGUCCGAGGCUUACGCCGUGGAGUCUAAAUUACAGAAAGAACCGAACGUUGAGACAACCGUUGAUGGCAAGAUUGUGAAAAGGAGCGCCCAGGACACGGCCAAAAUUGCUGCAGAUAUUGCCAAGGAGACAGCAAGAGCUGUCGCUCAGAAGGCCAAGGAGACAGCGACACAAGCUGCUACGGAAGCAGAGAACGUCGCGAAACAAGCAGCAAAUAGUGCCAGAGACACAGCAAGGAGGACGAAGAAGUGCAUUCCAGAUACAUUCAAUGAUUAAUCAGUUUACCUAUUCCUAUUAGCUUUAGACGUACCGAAAACGCAAAUACAAUGUUGAAUAAAAGGGUUGAGCUUCUUUCGCUUAAAGCAUAAUUACAGUUAAAUCAAUGAACUUAUUACUAACGUGGAAAAACAAUUCUAACAUUUACAUCUUAUUUGUUGACGUGGAUAUUUAUUAAUAUUUUGUUAUUGUUAUCUUCAAAAUGAACUUGAAGGAGGGGAGAGUUUAUUGGAAAUCCUACUUCA